AUGUCUAGUGCCGUCUCAAAUGAAUCUGCAACUCUGCGGCCCCGGGCUGUCCCUAUCCAACCCGACGGGAAAUCGGAUGUGCCGCUGCCCCUUCCGGUGGACAAGCUAAUUCAGGAUACAAGUGGUCGCUCUACCCCUGUCGCUGAAGAUGCGCCUCCGUCGGCGCAUUCGAUCUCGUCCGCGAGGAAGCAAGUCCGCGCCCGCAACCGCCUAUUCUACACAAUAGACUAUAUCCCUCGUGUGUCACACUUUGACCCGGAUAGCAACUAUCACAACUUUCGAGGGUUCUUCACCCUCUUCUGGAUUGGCCUGGCCAUCAUGGUCGGUACCAGUAUGCUGCGAAACCUCAAGGAAACCGGGUUCCCCCUGCGAGUGCGCGUCUGGAGCCUCUUGACGGCUAACGUGUGGAUGAUGGGCCUGAGCGAUGCCGCCAUGGUGAUAAGUUCGGCACUAGUGUUGCCCAUGCACCGGCUAUGGCGGAGUGGCCCGCGGUGGCUGCAGUGGACACGAGGAGGGAUCAUACUACAGAGUCUAGCUGAAGCAUUUUGGCUGGUAUUAUGGGUCAACUGGCCUUUCAUGAUGCAGUGGACCUGGACUGCCCAGGUGUUCUUUACACUGCACACACUGACCAUUCUGAUGAAGUUGCAUUCAUAUGCAUUUUAUAAUGGCCAUCUCAGUGAGACCGAGCGACGUCUUGCUUCAUUGGACAAGCCGGGCGAGAAGCCUUCCGACGCUGCGGCUGCAGCUGCAGUGCACUACCCGGAGGUUCAUCGACGCCGACCAUCAAUGAAGCAGCAUGACGACGAUAAAUCCUCGGCGCCAUUGGAUAAACUGCGGGAAGAUCUUGCCACGGAGUUGACCUCUCCGUUGGGCAACAUCUCAUACCCGCAGAAUCUCCACGUUGCAAACUACGUUGACUUCCUCUUCUGCCCGACCCUUUGUUACGAGCUGGAGUAUCCACGCCGAGAAGAACGACGUUGGUCGGAGAUUGGUUGGAAGACCAUGGCUGUGUUUGGUUGUAUCUUCCUACUUACCUUGGUCAGUGAGGAAUACAUCCUUCCAGUUCUAGUUGAGGCUAGCGCCCAGCUCCAUCACUUCACCAGUGUUACAGACAAGGCUCUCGUACUUGCAGAGACCAUCAGCAUGCUUCUGUUCCCAUUCAUGAUUACCUUCCUUCUUGUGUUCCUUGUCAUCUUCGAAUACGUGCUGGGUGCAUUCGCAGAACUAACUAGGUUCGCCGAUCGCCACUUCUACGCAGAUUGGUGGAACUCAUGUGACUGGAUGGAAUUCUCUCGCGAGUGGAAUGUCCCUGUCCACCACUUCCUCUUCCGUCACGUCUACUGGCCCUCGCGCUGCAAUUUCUCCCAGCCUGUGGCUAUGGUUAUUACGUUCUUGGUCAGCUCUGUCUUCCAUGAGCUGAUAAUGAGCUGCAUUACCAAGAAGUUGCGUGGGUACGGGUUUUUGGCUAUGAUGCUUCAGCUUCCCAUUGUAGCCAUCCAGAAAUCGCGCUAUUUCCGUGGACGGACAAUUCUCAAUAAUGCAUUCUUUUGGUUUUCAAUGAUUUUGGGUCUUUCCAUGGUAAGUUUUCUUUACCUGCAAUCCUCAAGGCUCGGCAUUGGAGGUAUCGAUAUAUUUUCUCUUGGCUAA